CAGCUUUCUCCAUACUUUAUUUUAGCACAUUGUACCAGAAAUGACAGCAAAAGCCAAACUUUUGCACUGGUCAGAUGGAAAAUUUCGCGAACGACCAGAAGAGUUUACCCUCUCUGAACAUUCGAGGUUGACCCGCAGUGACCCACGGGCCUGGACGACCCCCGCGUACUCACCCUCAGGUGACCACUACGCACACACGUCGGUGGAUGCCGCCAUAGACAAGUACAUGUCUGGAGCCAGCAGUCCUUUGACACCGGAAUCUGAUCUGGGAGGAUCUAAAGCACAUGAUGGGACCAAGCAAAAUCUCACCGGACCUCAGAGACACAGACGUGUGGCCGCUAACGCCAGAGAAAGGCGGCGGAUGCACGGAUUGAACCGAGCAUUUGACAAACUGAGGAGCGUCAUUCCUUCUUUGGAGAACGAGAAAAAACUGUCUAAAUAUGACACCCUUCAGAUGGCGCAGAUUUACAUCACAGAACUGUCCGAGUUGUUGGAAGGUGUCGUGCAGUCGGAGUGCAGAGGUCUGCGGGACGGAUGCGGCGCGUCUGGUAACCAUGGUAACCUUGGACCCAGGAGUUCAGCUCAGACUUUGAGGACCAGCAUCCCUUACGCAAUAGACUCACCUUCUUCUAAUUUUGUUCCCGAGAAAAACGAUGUCACGUCCAAUGCGAGUGAUGGCGAAUCGUCCCAUUUCAGCGACAUGGAAGAAGGACAGACUGGAGGACGCGGAUAGCUUUGCUGGAUUGACUUUGAGACUGUGGCACUCUGAUUAAUUAUAAUUUAUUUGUCUGUGUUUUAGUAGACACCGAAAGAACCGAAUAGAUAGGCCCUGUGGGUGAUGGUUAGGUCUAGGCAACGCUUCAUUACUUGACUGACAAAACUACUGAAAACUCACAAGAAAGGGAAGAAAAAAUGAAAACAUCUAUACAAGGCCUUUAGUUGCACUUUAUGACAUCUACAUUUGGAUUGUUUCCACUU